AUGAUUAAAAAGGGGAGCUUGAAGCUGAAGAGCCUGAAAAUCGGGCGUAGCUCUGUGGGGAAUGUGAAAGUGGAAGGGAAGUCCAUCUGUAAGGAUGAGGCAAAGAGGAAGAAUGACGAGAAGCAAAAGAGGCUCAAAAUGUACAGGACGAAGGCAAACUUGAAAAAAAUGAACGCUAAGAUAAAUGAAGUCAGGAGGAUCGAACCCAACAUUAAGUGGUUUAACAACACGAGGACUAUUAGUCAGAGCAAGUUGGAGAUUUUUAGGGACAAAAUGGAGGAGGCCACGCACGACCCGUUUAGUGUGGUCGUUAGGAGGUCCAAAAUUCCGGUUGAGCUUCUCAGGGGGGGGGGUAGCAGUGUCAGCGGAAUCGGCGGAACCAGCGGAAGCGGACUCGUGCCCGCCCCCCAGUUUGAAAAGAAAAAGCAUCAGAGCGAAAGCUUGCUCAGAAUGGAACACUUCCAGGACGUGUACGGGAAGAAGAAAAAAAGGAAGAGACCAAAAUUAAAUGUCAGCAGCUUGGAAGAGUUGGCAAAUGAUGCGAAGAGGAAGUUAACGAACUAUGAGGCGGAGAAGGACAACUCGCUAAUCGAGAGUAGGGACAAAGAAGUGGAAAAAAAAUUCAGUAAGGAUCACUUGCUAAAAAUUGGACAAUCUAAGAGAAUAUGGACGGAGCUGUACAAAGUGAUCGACAGCUCCGACAUCAUUUUGGAGGUUCUAGAUGCACGUGAUCCCAUAGGAACUAGAUGCAGAAGGUUAGAGGAAAAUUUAAAAAAAGACAGACCAAAUAAACACAUCAUUCUUAUUGUAAACAAAGUAGACUUAGUACCAACGAGUGUGGCUCAAAAAUGGAUCAAAAUUUUAUCCAAAGAAUAUCCAACCAUUGCUUACCAUGCGAGUAUAAACAAGCCAUUUGGGAAGAAUGACCUGUUUAAUGUAAUCAGACAGUACACGCAGUUCUUUAAAGAUCAGAGAAAGAAACAUAUUCACAUCGGGUUAAUUGGCUACCCCAACGUUGGAAAGAGUGCCAUUAUUAACUCAUUAAAAAAAAAAGUCGUUUGUAUUUCAGCCUGUGUACCUGGACAAACAAAAUAUUGGCAGUUCAUAAAAUUAACGAGCAAAAUUUAUCUCAUAGAUUGCCCCGGAAUUGUACCCUACGAUAUUGACGAUUCAGAAAAAAUUCUUAGGUGCACCAUGAGGUUGGAGAAAAUAACCAAUCCGCAUUUUUAUGUUGACGACGUUUUUAAAAUGGUUAACAGGGAACACCUGCUUCGCAUGUACAAGCUUCCAGCAGAUUUUCAGUUCGGCAACUCGGAGGAGUUCCUCGAAAUUUUGGCUAGGAAAAUGGGCAAGCUGCUUAAGGGAGGUGAGCCCGACAUCACCUCCGUGUCCAAGAUCAUCCUUAACGACUGGAUAAAGGGCAAGAUCCCCUUCUACGUGGACCCGGACGGGGCGGCACACGCCGCACAGGGGGUGGCGGCAGAGUCGGGAGGGGAAGCAGAGUUGGGAUUGGCGUCACAGUCGGGACUGGCGGCAGAGUCGGGAGAGGAAGAAGAAUUGGUGACCGAUGGCACGACCAACAAUGUCACGACUAACGAUGUCACGACCAACAGUGGCACGACCAACUUUGUCGCGACCAACAGUGGCACGACCAACUUUGUCGCGACCGAGGAGUGCUAG